CAAGUGUGCAUAGCUCCUGAAAUUAGCUAAGCGUUAUACAAACGGGUAUUUGCGUGAAGUAAAUUACCACAAAAUAUGGAAAUUGGUUUGUAAUGAGCCAAAUUGUCGUUCAAAAAAAAAUCAUAAUUUUUGCCAUACAAAAUGUCAAUUGCAUGUAAAUUUGAAUUGGCGCGAGAUUCCAACAUCUACUACAGCGGCGAAUACAUUGAGGGCACUAUCACCCUCAGCCCUUUCAAGCAACGACAAGUUGAAGGCAUUUUGCUGCAAUUCUAUGGUCGUACCAAGGUGGCCUGGCUGGAUUUGGACAAAUCGGCUGUUGUUGCUGCCACUUGCGAAGCCAACGGGGGCCAGGUUAUGCUCAAUGACUUUAGCAGCCAGGAGCUGUGGCAGAAAACACCAUUCAGUGACCAACAGAAACAUGUUUGCGAACAACAGCAAUUGACCGGCCAACAUCUACUGCAGCCCCAUCGCAGCUACAAAUACAAGUUUCGCUUCCUAAUACCAGCUCAAACGCCAGCCACAAGUCGAUGUCCGCUGGGUGACUGUGAAUAUGAGCUGCAGGUGAUUGUCCAGCAUCCCAAGAAAGUCAACAAAGCAUUCCAUCAAAGAAUUGUGGUUAAGAACAAACUGGAUUUGUCCCAAAAUAUCACUGCACAAGAGCCAUGCAGUGUAUCAAGUCAAAAUGACUACGGCCAAAUUUCGUUGUGUACACCCUGUAUUGGCUUCACACCCGGCCAAAAGGUGCCUUAUCAUCUAAAAUGGCACAUAUUACAGUCGAAUCAUAAAAUCAUAGUACAAUUAAAUUGUUUUAUAACCUGUUAUAGCAAAUCUCCCCGAAACAGUCACAGAAACAUCAAACAAACCAUAAACCAGAGAAAGCAUUUACCCGGUGAGACAAUGGCCCACUUGAGCUUACCGUUGGACUGUCAUAUCUCAAGGGAUUACGGUGUAGAUGAGAUAAUGAAAUUUGAAUAUAUGCUAGAAUCCCAUGUUAUCGAUAGCAACAAAAAGGUGUUGCUAACAGCCACACUGCCCCUGAUUAUUGGCACAACACCAUGCCGGUAUAGCCAAGAUGAGGAGAAUGCUGAAGUGUUAUGCUACGAUAAUUAUGGUUCUUUUAAUGACGAAACGAUUACAAAGCGUUUUAAUUUGGAAAUGGACACAACUGUGGGCCAACCUGUCUUGGACUCAGUGUGGUUGUUGCCCAUAAGGAGACAGACCCAUUUGAGAAGAUCCUUAAAAUAUUGCUAUAAAAAACUUGUUAAGAUAAUUUGAAAUAGUUUAAUAAUAAUGAAUAAUAAUUUAAAUAA